CGGCGUUUUACGGGGCGGCGAAGUGGUUGAAAGUGGCAGUCGCUGGGGAGAGGCUGUCAGGGGCUGUCGUCCCCCUUUUCCUCCUGUUCCUCCGCCAUGUCUUUCAACAAGAUCCCUCCGCGGUGGCUGAACUGCCCCAGGAGAGGGCAGCCCGUGGCAGGGAGAUUUUUACCUCUGAAGACAAUGUUAGGACCAAAAUAUGAUGAUCAAGUUGCUGAAGAGUGUCGUUUCCAUCCCAGUAUGUUAUCAAACUACUUAAAGAGCCUUAAGGUUAAAAUGGGUCUGCUGAUAGACUUGACAAAUACGACUAGAUUCUAUGACAGGAGUGAUAUAGAAAAGGAUGGCAUCACAUAUAUAAAGCUUCAGUGUAAAGGACAUGGUGAGUGUCCCACAGCUGAUAACACAGAAGCAUUCAUUCGUGUAUGUGAACAUUUUAGUAAUAAGAAUCCAACUGAGCUUAUAGGUGUCCACUGUACGCACGGCUUUAAUCGUACUGGGUUUCUCAUCUGUGCCUUUCUGGUUGAGAAACUGGACUGGAGUAUUGAAGCAGCUGUGGCUACAUUUGCCCAAGCCAGGCCACCUGGUAUCUAUAAAGGUGAUUAUUUGAAAGAGCUCUUUCGACGUUAUGGUGAUGUGGAAGAUGCACCAGCGCCACCCCCAUUACCAGAGUGGUGCUUUGAGGAAGAUGAAGAAGAGGACGAGGAGGAUAACUGCAAACCAGGAACCCCAGAAUCAGAAGCUGGGUCAUCAAUGUCAUUUUCUGGAAAAAGAAGAAAAGAACAUUUGAAGCUGGGUGCAGUGUUCUUGGAAGGAAUAUCAGUUAAAUGCGUAACCCAAGUAACAACUCAACCAAAGCUAGGAGAUAUACAACAGAAAUGCCAGCAGUUUUGUGGCUGGAAAGGGACUGGAUUCCCUGGGGCCCAGCCUGUUUCUAUGGAUGAGCAAAAUAUUAAACUCUUAGAACAGAAACCGUACAAAGUAAGCUGGAAAGCAGAUGGAACUCGGUAUAUGAUGUUGAUCGAUGGCAAGGAUGAAGUGUAUAUGAUUGACAGAGAUAACUCUGUGUUUCAUGUAUCUAAUCUGGAAUUUCCUUUUCGUAAGGAUCCACGUGCACACUUAGAAAACACACUAUUGGAUGGGGAAAUGAUCAUUGACAAAGUAAAUGGCCAAGUUGUUCCUCGCUACUUGAUAUAUGACAUAAUAAAAUUCAGCCUUCUUGAAGGAAAUUUUGCCAAAGAAGUCAGUCAUGAAGUGGAUGGACUAAUUUUUCAGCCUAUAGGAAAAUAUAAGCCUGGACGAUGUGAUGACAUUUUGAAAUGGAAGCCACCCAGUCUGAAUUCGGUGGAUUUUCGCCUAAAAAUAACAAGAGUUGGUGGAGAAGGGCUUCUCCCACAGAAUGUUGGAUUUCUUUAUGUUGGAAGUUUAGAUAGACCAUUUGCACAAAUUAAGGUAACAAAGGACUUGAAACAAUAUGACAAUAAGAUUAUAGAAUGCAAAUUCGAGAACAAUAGCUGGGUCUUCAUGAGACAAAGGAUAGACAAAAGCUUUCCCAAUGCUUACAGCACUGCUAUGGCUGUGUGCAACAGCAUACGAUAUCCAGUGACAAAGGAAAUCCUUUUUGAAUUCAUUGAAAAGUGUACAACAGCAACAGCAGCAGCAGCAGCAACUCAAGGACAGGCGCGUAAACAUCACAUGGACCCUGACACAGAACUCAUGCCACCACCUCCUCCUAAAAGACCCCGGCCAUAACCUUCCGCUAGAUACCAAGUACAUAGCAUGUUGUUUACAGUUCUUCUAGAGGAUGCGUGCAGACUGAAAACUUUUGCAAGAAGUUAUUGUAAACAUCCUGUAAAUACUUAUGUGCAUUUUUUUUGGAAUGCCACAUCCUGGACUCCAGUUUGUUUUAUAUUUUGAACACUGCUUUGUGGAAUUUGGAAAGAUUUAAUCCAAAGGGUUAGAUAACAGUGUGGAAUCAGUGGAAAGUCACCUUGUUUGAUAGGUACCUUUCAAAUUUGAUGUUUUAUAUUAGAAAUUUCAAACUGUGAAGCCGUGUCAGAAGCCUCCUUUUUACAAGUGAUGUUUCAAAGCGCAUGUUGUGUCCUUUAAUUAACCAAUUAAGAUUUAUUAUUUUGUUUCACAUAGUAUAGAUUUUCUGUGUUCCUUAGAUUACUGAUUGAAAAAGUAGUGAAUGUCCAUGCAGUGUAUUCUUUAAAAUAAAGUUUAUCAAGGUUCACUACUUUUAAAAAGAAACAACCUUUUGACAUUAAACAACUUACGCAAGUGUAAAUUUCCCUUUGGAUGUACAUUGGAUUUUUUUUUAGUUUGAACAAUUUAUACAGCUGAAUCAGUUUUAAUCUUGCAGUUGUAGUGCAAACAAUUCUAGAUAUGAAAAACAAAAUUUCAUUUUUUAAGAAAUAAUUGUAAAUGUAUGGUGUCUAAAAUGUACAUCAGGUUGAUUUACCAGAAGACUAACCAUGUUGAUGAUACUACUUUGUUUCCAUGGGGAAAAGGGCAGAAGAAAUUAUAAAUGGUCUGUUAGAUGAGAAAUAGAGAGAAAAAAUAAAAUAAAAUGUAGCUUCAGUCCCAGAGAGGAUGGCCUGUUACCAAAAAAAUGAAUAAUUAUUGUAGCAUAAGUAGCAUUUUGGAGUCCCAAACAUUCAGUUCAGUUCAAGUUUUCUGUUUUCACAGCAAGAGCCAGUUAGACAGCUGGCAAUAGUAGUCUCCUCCUGUUGAUUUUAUUUUUGCUACUGGGGGAAAAAUGAAUCAAGUAGCUUUUCUGGGUUUCAUCGCAUCAUAUCCGUGUGUAGUGGUAUUGUCACCACAGAAAAACUGCUCUUUAUUGACACUGAAAAAUUAUUAUAUUUAAAAUGUGGGAACAGAUAUGAUAAUAGACAUUUUUACAAGUUGACUGUAAAACAAACUAGUAUUUUGAUGGUUGAUACUUCUAGAUAUGUUUGAGUUAAAACCAUUUGGCUUAUAGUUUAUUUGCUAUGUAAUGACAACCAAACAACAUUUAUAUCAGGCACUAUUUAAUAUUCCUAUUUUUAAAGUUUUAAUAUUUUUCCUGCUUUUAUAAAUGAAAAUGCAGUUGGUGCAUUGUUCAAUAGCCAUCUGGAGUCUGUCUAUUAAAAUGUUUUCUCUGUCCUUCCAA